AUGAGCUACAAGGCCGACAACAAGUAUAUUAAGAUAAAUACAUCGAAUAAGAAGGGCGAUGAUGGGUUGGAGUCUUGGAUGAUUGAGGUCAAAACAAAGGGCAAGAAGAAGCUCACCCCCAAAGGGACGGUCCCCUCUCUCUCUUCGAAUCACAGAGACAGCAAGGAAGAAAGAAGAGGACUACUCUUCGACUCGUCAGGUACCACUCAGCAACGCGAGCAGUCGCCGGGUAUCGGAUAUAAUAGUCACGAGGACACGAAGAAGAGUGAGCACCAGCACGAGCAGCAACCGAAAGACGACAGGUCCUGGUUCAACAAGCUUAAAACCAAGAACAACAAAUACGUUUACGAUGACUUAUCGACUUACGAUGACGAGUUGAUGCUAGACUAUAGCAUACUGUCCAAGUGGUUCAACAAGCUCAAAAUCAAGAACAACAAGUCCAUUUACGAUGACUUGUCGACCUACGAUGACUUGUCGACCUACGAUGACUUGUCGACCUACGAUGACUUGUCGACCUACGAUGACGAGUUGAUGCUAGAAGGCCACCCGUGGCCGACCACAUAG